AUGGCGUAUCCUCGAGAACAGAAACGUCCAUACCAUGGUCGCCGUUCAUCUCUGGCGGGCAACACUCGUUCAGGCCUGCUGAAGAACUACAAGAAUAUCCCUGGUCUCGAAUACUUCGUCAUCGCUUCAGACAUUCUAGGCAACCAUUUCGGAUCUUACAACAGUAUGAAAAAUGUCUAUGCCUACAUUUUUGCUAGUCUCUAUUAUGGUCAACUUGGGCGACCGCUGGAGAGCUUUUCAUUCAUUCAUGCAGCUGGCCACAGGCUCCAAGUCAUUAUGCGGCCUAGCUUGGAGAAGCUCAAAACACUCAGAAACACGAACAAUCUCGCCCAAGAUACCAAGUAUAACCAACUUUCGCUGGCGUUUUGGACGUGUCUGCAGCUGGAGAGCGAUUUACUUGCUGAACUCCCUUGUCCAGCUUCAGGCCUCUUGAAUUAUGAAAUGGACAUUCCGCAUCCAAAUAUGAGCUUGCUCGAGGGCUUUCCCCAGCCAGUUCUCGACAGUUACCUUGGUCAGCUUUACCUGCGAACACAUCUCAACAGUAUUCACCGCAUGUUUUACGCACCGUCUGAUGCAAAGUCAGACAAAAGAGAGGAUAUUCCAUGUAAAGAUGUCGAUUUGGUCUCUGCUGCGGUUUCGUCCAUGGCAUGGGUUGCGCCAAGUUUCGCCUUUAGAGAAGACGAUCCUCCUGCCUCUGACAUUUUAUCAGCCAGACUCCGCGCCAAGUACUGGGGAGCUGAAGUCCUGACAUUUCGCCCCUUCUUGAGGCAGAUGUUGCAGUUUUCAUUUGCUAAGAGACACCCGAGCACAGGACAGCCUUCAUCAGAGUUCCACGCUGAAGUCGAAGCCCCUCGCAUUGAUCCUCAGGCAAAGAAUGUACAGGACUUAGACCCUCACAUUCUCGAACUCGCUGAGAAGGCCAUCAAAGCUCUUGUUGAGAGCACAAGGGCUUUCCAUGGACUUGGCGGCAAACGGCCCAUCAUUACAAGUGUGUUCGGCACCGCGCACGCCCAAUGGGGCAACUUGCUCGUCUUGUCCGCCGCUUACAAAGAUCCGAUCAUGGGUAAGUAUGUUGAUAAAAAGCUCCUUCGCCAUUUAUUCCAGAAGACGAUUGCCUUUUUGCGCCAAUCCGCUACGGCCACGAGCUCGUUACGCAUCGACAUGCACAUUCUGGAAGGAAUUCAGAAUGACUUCUGGGGCAUUAAGUCCUACAGCAACAGCAACAACAACAACGACAACAACAACAACAACAACAACAACAACAACAACAACACCACGUAA